GCUGUAUAUGUUUUUAAUGGCUUCUCAUGACAACUGUCUUAUAGGCCUAUUACAAUUUUGAAAUUACAUUAACCUCUCACUCCCCUAUAUAUAUAUUUGUAUAUUUGACUCUUCACAAGUCUUCAUUGUUUUGAUGUUUUCAAAAUUUAAAUUUAUUAAGUAGAAAUGUUAAGAAUAGUUGUAAUUAUUUUCAAGUUUACUUAUAUAACUUAUUCAUUAGGUUUUGAUGGUGAAAUUAGUAAGAAAGAGGCAAUAGCAUUUCUAAGAGAUAAAAUAGGAACGGAUAAAUUAACUGAUAUAUACGAUUGGGAUGAUUAUGUAAGAGAACAGAAUAAUAAUAGCGAUUUACACUAUUAUUACAAUGCUGGAAGGUAUACUCCAGUCUAUAUUAAGGUCUAUCAAGAGCUAAAGAAUUUUCCAAGAGCGGCUUAUGGUAGGCCAAGUCUAACUCAUGAUGAAAAACUUAAGGAUCCUUAUGGACAAUUAAUGCAUUCAAGAGAUUUUCUCCCCUUUUAUAUGAUAAAAGUUAUUAAAGAGAACUCGAAAAAAUUCGAUCCUGCUGCUAAACAUACUGAUAAAAAUAUUAUACAUAGUAUUAUUCAAUCAACUUUAAACUCGAAAAAAAUACAACCAUUCCAGAAAACUGGAGAACUAAUUGUUUGUCAUUAUCCUUGUAUGAAUCCACAAGCCUGUAGAGCCGGCUCAUUACUUAUACCUUUGAAAUGUAUAAAGACAAAGGUAGACAUAUUUGAAGCUAGUAAUGAUUGGGAAAAAGAGAAUCCUGAUAUUACUGCAAUAUGUAAAUGUCCUGAUGGAUUUACAUACGAUGAUAAAGUUGGUUGCAAAAGCCAAAAGUCAUGUUCAGAAUAUGUUAAAAAUAACAUUUGCCCCGAUGCUAUUAACUGUUUUGUUGGCUCUAAUAAUGAAACAAUUUGUAAAUGUCCACCUUAUAGGCAAGGAAGAACUUGUAAAUCUUUAAGAGAUCCUUGUGAUAAGUCUUUUAAAGAUAUAUUUAACCCUGACGAACCAUUUCAAAAGUGCGGCAAUCACAAGUGUUUAAGUGAUAGACAUAAUCCUACUUACGGUUAUAGAUGCGACUGUAGGGAUGGGUUUAUUUCAAUGACUCUAAAUAAACUUGGAGUUGAAAUAGGUCCUCAUUGCUCUGAUAUAGAUGAAUGCGAAGUUGGCGUUUUAGAAACCGAAGCUUGCAACGGACUCGGAACUUGCGUAAACGAAUAUGGAUCUUAUAGCUGUUAUUGUCAGAAAGGUUAUGUAGGUAGAACGUGUAACUUAAGAGUGGCUGAUGAAAAAUUAAAUAACUGGAUUGGUUGGUCUUCAUGGUCUAAAUGCACUAAAAGUUGUGGAGUUGGUAUAAAGAAACAAUAUAAACUUUGCCCAAAGAAUAGAAGAUGCUCACUUAGCAGUCAAAUUGUAAUGAGGGAGCAGAAUUGCAACGUGAAAGAAUGCCCUCUAACAUUAGGACCAAAGACUGGUCUUGGUAAGAAAUUGGGAAUAAAUAUGAAUCAAUUUAAAGAAAAAACUGUAAGUUAAACACCUAAAUCGACUAUAUUUUAAAAAAUUCAUAUUUUACAAUAAUAAGAGAAUCAAAUAUGAUUUUAUGGAUACAAUUGACCUAAAUCCACAAAAAUACGAUAUAGCCGAAGAGGAAGAAUACUAUAAAGAAGAUUACAACUAUAUAAAUAUACCAAAUAAUCUUUCAUCAUAUCUUCAAAUACCGUCUAUAAAAGCGUUACUUUUUACAUCAUUUCAAUUGUUUUAUAUAAAUAAUAAUGAAAACGUUAAUUUGUU